AUGGCGGACGACAUGCAAGUAGAAGAAGGCCACCGCAGAAUCCAGGACUGUCCAGUCCAAGUAAUCGUUCGUAUCCGUCCACCACUGCAGCCCAGAAAACUCUGUCUAUCUCAAACCCCGGGACAACCACAAGUCCAACUAGCCAAGGAAAAUGCACCUGAACCUAGACUAUUCGCUUUUGAUUCUGUCUUUGGAAUGGAUUCAUCGCAGGCAGAUGUGUAUGACUCGAUAUCGCAUAUUGUCGAUGGGUUUGCCGAUGGGUAUAAUGCUACUGUGUUUGCAUAUGGUCAAACAGGAUCAGGAAAGACGUUUACGAUGGGGACGUCGAAUACAGCGGAUACGGUUGAGUUUGAUUGUGGUGUUGUGCCGAGGGUUACGAAUCAUAUAUUUCAGAAACUGGCGCUGAGGAAACAAGUGGAUCCAAGAGUCGAUUUCGUGCUCAAAGUCUCAUUCAUCGAGAUCUACCAAGAACAACUCCGAGACCUCCUGGUACCCGAGACCCGAGAAAUAUUCGUCCGGGAAGACAAGCACGGAGGCAUAACACUCCAAAACGUCCACGAAGAAAUCGUAUCCUCCCCCGAAGAUAUGCUCGCGUGUCUCGAAGCUGGAGCCAUCGAACGCACCACAGCCGAAACCAAAAUCCACGGCGCGUCAUCACGGUCGCACGCUAUAUAUACAGUCACGUUACAGGAACGCAUUGAUUCUUCGUAUGUUGCUGGAACCGAUAUUGCCGAUGACGAUGAAGUUGCGCCGGCUGAGAAUGUGGUUUUGAGAUGCUCGAAACUGCAUCUUGUGGAUCUUGCGGGGAGUGAGAGGUUGAAGAGGACGGGUGCGGAGGGUGUUAGGUUGAAGGAAGCUGUUAAGAUCAAUACAGGUUUGCUGGCUCUUGGAAACGUUAUUAGUGUGUUGGGCGCUGAACCAACGUCAACUGAGAAACAUGUGCCCUACAGGGAUUCUAAAUUGACGAGGCUGUUGCAGGAUUCGCUGGGUGGGAACGCACAGACCGUCAUGAUUGCUUGUGUUUCACCUACUGAAGACAAUCAUGAUGAGACGCUCAACACUUUAAAGUACGCAUACCGCGCCAAAAAGAUAAAAAACAAACCCGUAAUCAACACUGUAAACCACAACGCCGCAAAACUCGCAUCCAUGCAACAACGAGUCGAUUUCUUACAGGAUCGACUGAAACGAUAUGAAGAGGAGGAAGAAACUCGGCGUCAACAAUCUGCAUCGCCUGACAAGCCAUCAAAUACCACUAAUAAUACCAACGAGGAACGAAUGGUUACCAUUCAGCCAUCAUUUGUAAAUCCAGUGUUUGCACAUACGGGUGAUAACAGUGCUGAAGACGUUGUGGUGAGACCAAUAUUGCCAAGAUCGACGUCGAAUGAUAGUCAGUGGAUGCAGCAUUUUGUUGAUGAGUUGAGGAGUAGGACUAUACGAGGGACAAACGCUGUACAAGCUCUUAAAGUAGCCAAUUCGGAAAAAGAACGUCUGGCUGCUGAUCUCGUAACGCUUCAGCAGAGAUUGGUGGACGUCGAGAUCUCAAAUACGGAAUUAAGACAGAUACUAGAGUCUACCACUGACACCAAUCAAACCACGAUACAAACCUACCAGUCUGAUUUGCACCAAAUUGUCGACUUUGUGGUAUCAAUGGCCACCCAGCUUCCUGAUUUUAUAUCUGGGAUAAUCCAAAAGUAUCGGCCUGGCCAGCAACAACAGAAUGUGACUGACCAUAAAGAGCAGGCUGUUGAGAGUGCGAGCAAGCAGGUGCAGCAGGCACCACAAAAACCAAACCCCCGCGUGCUACGCCGUCUUAAAGCCCAAUCCACUGCCAAAAUCGCUGAAGCCGCCGAACCAUUACAUCCGUCACCACCACGACGCCCAGCCACAACUUCAACAAUCGAACGACGUGCCAAACAACUCGAAGAAGAAUUAGAGCAUGCCAAAACACUCUUACUACAAGAAGAAUCACGAGUUGAAGAAAAGAAGAAGGAUGUUGUUAAACUUGAACGAGUUAAUGCUGAAUUGCAGUUGGAGAAUGUGUCGUUAAGACAGACGCUGUCGAGGUCUGUUUCGCGUGUUGGAGGGUCAGUAGUAAAUGGUGAUUUGGCGAGGUCUAUGAUGAUGGUUGAUGCAAGUACAGAGACGAAAUCGGGACGUGCGGAUUUGGAGGAUGUUAAGCCUGCGCUGAGGAGAGCGUUGCAGUCUUUGGAGGCGCUGCAGAUGGCUGCUGAGCAUGAUCAUGAUGAUGAAAGCGCCGUGACGAGGAAUGAUCCAGAAGAUGUGUUUACUGUUCACAUAAGUAAUGCUUCUGCGGAUGAUCGAAAUGCCAUGAAUGCAGAAUCCAGCCACCAGACAAGUCGCAUGCCAUCCUUGAAUGAUUUGACUGGUGGAAUUGUCAAUGCACCAACAGUAAUGCAAGGUGAUGAGCAACUUGCGCAUGAUCUGGCUCACGCUGUCAAAUCAAAAGGUGAACUGGCGAGAGAGAUUUCGAGAGUGAAUAAAGAGAUGGUCCAAUUACGCCAUCAGCAUGCGGAGCAAGUAUACAAACUCGAAAAGGAUUUAGACGGCACACAACUGGAGAUUGCGAGAUUGCUCGAUGAUAUCAAGGAGCGAGAAGCCCUCAAGGAAAAGACGAGUGGGGAUCAUGAUCGGAAAGUGAGGUUGUUGGAGGGACAGCUAUUGAAAUUUAAGGCUCGACAAAAGGAUUUGGAUAAACAUGCCAAAGACAAGGAUCAAACGGAUCGAAAGAUUACUGAUUUGCAGGCUGAGGUUGAUAAGUUGAAGGAACAAGUUGCUGUGUUUAAGAAACGGCAGAAAGAUGAUACGGAAAAGUUGACUGAGCUAGACAAUAGACGAGCACGAGAAGUAGCAGCUCAUGCCAAACAACACGACGAAGAUGGUAAAAAGAUUCGGUCGUUAGAGGUUGCCAUUGAGAUGCAACGUAAGAAAUUGGACAGAAAGACGGAUGAGGUUGUUGCUGCUUCUAGUCGUAAACCACGGGUUGAUUCAGCCAAGAUGCGCUCUGUCAGUGUUGGCAAUGAUGUGGAGACGGUUGAUACAAUUGGUCCUGACGAGCCCAUGUCGACAGAAGAUCUGGACAAGUUUGAUACAAUGAUUCAGUUAGCUGGAGAUGAUGAGCAUGCUGUUGAGAUUUUAACUCGGCUGAAAUCUUCAUCAGUUCGAGAAGCACGUGUAGUGGCUGCAUCUCUGCUACGUGAUGUGGUUGAUAUGCGUAAACGGGAGAUAGAAUACGUGCAACAACAGCAAACUGCGAGCACUACUCAUGUCCCAACGACAACGACUGAAGUCCAAACCGAUGCACCUAUAACAAUCCCGGGUCUGCAUCCAGACAAUAGUAAUUUACAGACUGAGAAUGCACAAAUGAAAGCACGACUGAAGGAAGUCGUGGCAGCAAACCAGAGGCUGGGUAAAGCGCUAGAGAGACAGAAGGAGCGAGCACUGAUGGUUAAAGAGGCUCUCACUAAGAACGAGCUGGCACCGGGUUUGAUACAGCAGUUGAUAAAGGAGCCGUCGUUGAAGCAUACUGUGCCUCCGGUUGCUGGAGGCGCGUAG